AUUUUCUUUUAUUAAUUAAAUGUCAUUUGGAAUUAAAUCAGGUAUAUUAUUUAUUCAUUCGUAGUGAUUAAUUAUUGUAUUUUAUUUAUUUAGAUAGGUGAUAGUUUACUGGUGAUACGAUUUGACAUUUAUAUCGAAUAUUUUUAAACAUAAAAUGGAAUAAAAUCAUUCCCAAAUGAAAUUGCUGACUGAUAUUGACGUUGGCGGACACACAAUCACCAAGACUGAUAAUAGUAACUGGAAACUGAAUUUAACAAUUAAUAGUAAGGAGUUAGGUGGUAGUGGUGAUACGGGGCAGUGCACUAAUGUGAGCUGGGCGAAUCAUUUACUAGAGACUUUAGUGCGAAAUAGCACGGGGAGCCCAAAAGCUUUAUCCGAAAUGCCAUCGGCCACGAGUAGUGGGAGUCAUAUACCCAGUAAUGAAGAUUGUGGCAUCAGAGACGUUUGGUGUCACAAUCUUGAAGAAGAAUUUCGAACGAUACGACAAGUUGUUCAAAAAUACAAUUAUGUCGCAAUGGAUACAGAAUUUCCUGGAGUUGUUGCUCGACCGAUUGGUGAAUUUAGAAGUACAGCAGACUAUCAAUAUCAGUUGCUUAGGUGCAAUGUUGAUUUGUUAAGAAUAAUACAAUUAGGCCUUACGUUUCUGGACGAAAAUGGCAAAACACCUGGAGGAUCAUAUACAACUUGGCAAUUUAAUUUUAAAUUCAAUUUAUCAGAGGAUAUGUAUGCACAAGACAGUAUAGAUUUAUUACAAAAUUCUGGCAUACAAUUUAAAAAACAUGAAGAAGAAGGUAUUGAUCCACUUGAAUUUGCAGAAUUAUUAAUGACAUCUGGUGUUGUGCUUAUGGACAAUAUUAAAUGGUUGUCAUUUCAUUCUGGAUACGAUUUUGGUUAUCUUAUUAAAUUGCUAACAGAUCAAAAUUUACCGCAUGAAGAAAGUGAAUUUUUCGAAUUAUUGCGAUUAUAUUUUCCAACUAUAUAUGAUGUUAAAUAUUUGAUGAAAUCGUGUAAGAAUUUAAAAGGUGGUUUACAAGAAGUGGCUGAUCAGUUAGAUUUAGCUCGAGUUGGACCCCAACAUCAAGCAGGCUCUGAUUCACUUCUUACUGGCAUGGCAUUUUUCAAAAUGAAAGAGAUGUUCUUUGAAGAUAACAUUGAUGAUUCAAAGUACCGUGGUCAUUUAUAUGGCUUAGGAACUUCAUUUAUUAUGAAUGGAAACUUUCAUGAUAAUGGAGAUAAUAGUAGUUCGUCUUGAAUUUGUAAUUUAAAAAACAAUAAAUAUUGUAUACGUUUUAUUAUUUA